AAUUUAGCAUUAAAAAAAAAAAAAGAAGAAAAAAGUUAUAAAUGCAGUUAUAAAUUUAUUUUCUUUAUUUUUUUAAUUUUCUGCAAAAUAUCUUUGGUAAAGAUGGCUGUUCAGGAACCUCUUAAGGUAGCUGUUUGGCAUGCACUUAAUGCAUAUUGUUAUAAAGAUGCCAUAUUUCUAGCUGAAAGACUGUAUGCUGAAGUUUCCAGUGAAGAGGUGUUGCAUUUAUUAGCUACAUGUUAUUUUCGCUCUGGACACACUAAUCGAGCAUAUAGUUUGUUAAAGAAAAAUUCUUAUACUAAUAUCCAGACAAGAUACCUUUUUGCUUGGAUAUGUUUUCAACUGGAAAAAUUAAGUGAAGCAGAGAAUGCAUUACUUGGAAAUCACAAUAAAUCAAUAUUGAACACUUCUAAUGAGUUUGGUUCUUUAUCAGGUGCAGCUUUGCAGUUGUUGGGUAAAAUAUAUAGAAAAACUGGCCAAUCAUCUAAAGCAGCUGAAUGUUUUCGUGAAAGUUUACGAUGUAAUCCUUUUUUAUGGCAUUCAUUUGAACAACUUUGUCAAACUGGAGAAAAAAUUGAUCCGGUUGAUUUCUUCAAAACUACCAGCUCAGCUAAAGCAACCCAACCUUCAAUUAUCAAAAACUCUGAAUUUUCGCCUUUCGAUUUAAUUUCCAACUACAAAAAUGUAUAUUCUGAAAAUCUCGAUCCUGCAAAAUCUGGACCAUUGUUUACAUCAACUGUUGUUAGUAAGCCAACUUUGCAAGAACAUUUGUCUACUGUAAAUUAUGAAUGGAAUGAUGGAGACUCAGAUAUGCCCCCUCCGCAAUCAAUUGCUUUAAAAAAAAGUCGUGUUCCUGUUAAAGCAAGACAAAGAAUAAUUGGAACUAAAACUUCUGAUAGUCCUGUCACACCAAAUUUUGGUGUUCUUCCUACGGAUUCACCUGUUAUUGAAUUGGGCUCGUCACCUAAUUUUAUCACACCUCCAAUAUCUAGCCUUAAUGAAAAUCCUUUAAAAGCACCAUUAAAGGCUCCUCAUCGACAGACAACAGUUAAAAUCAACGGAAGUCGUCACUCAUCAUUAGUUUUUUCUUCUUUUGGUUCACCUUCGCCUAUUUCUCAGUUGGUUGUGACAACAAACUGUACUUCUUUACGGAGAAGUAAUCGUUUAUUUGAUUCUUCUGCAAAGGAUAUUAAAAAAACACCUCGAGUUAGGUUUGCAGACUCAAAUAAACCAAUCACAACUGCUCGUAAAACAAAGUCUCGCCUCACUCAUGUCUCACAACCAUUAACCCCUACAAUUCAAAACAUUCAAUCAGCUGCUAAAAACGAAAAUCUUAUAAGUGAAAUCAAAGAUGAAAAACCCACUUCAAUUUCUUUAUCUCCAAUUCAACAAAAUUCAGAUAUCUGGAUGCGCUUAUUUCAAGAUUUGGGAAAGGCAUACCAUGCUCUUUCUAUAUAUGAUUCUAAAAAAGCGGUUGAUUACUUUAGUAGUUUACCAUUAAAUCACCAAACAACCAAUUGGGUGAUGGAACAGUUAGGAUUAGCAUACUAUGAAAUGGGUGACAUAACAGCAGCUCAAAAAGUAUUUGAAAAAGUUAGAGAAAAUGAUCCUGAUUACAUUUCUGAUGGAAUGGCAGUGUAUUCAUCACUUUUAUGGUUAUCACGAAAAGACUGUGAGCUUUCAUGUUUGGCUCAAAGUCUGGUUGAUAGUGACAAAAACUCUGCAGUUGCAUGGUGUGCAAUGGCUAACUGUUUUAGUUUACAAAAGGAACAUAAUACUGCAAUAAAAUUUCUUCAUCGUGCUGUUCAACUUGAACCUGAAUUUUCAUAUGCUUACACUCUUCUCGGACAUGAAUAUGUUUUUAUUGAAGAUUUUGACAAAGGGAUAUCCUGCUUUCGUACUGCUCUACGCUAUAAUGAAAAACAUUAUAAUGCUUGGUAUGGAAUAGGAAUGAUAUACUACAAACAAGACAAUUUUUCUAUGGCAAAAUUGCAUUUUCAACUUGCUCUCAAGAUAAACCCCAGAAAUUCUGUACUGCUGGGGCAUUUAGCAGUGACUCAACACGAACUUGGAGAAACAGAUUUAGCUAUGGAUACAAUUAAUAAAGCAAUAGAAUAUAAUAGCAAAAGUGCACUUUGUAAAUAUCAUCGAGCAAGAUUCUACUUUGACUCAGAGAGACUACAGGAAGCUCUCGAAGAACUUAUAGAGGUUAAGAAAUUGGCACCGAAAGAUUCACUUAUUUAUUACAUGAUUGGGAAGGUUUAUCAAAAGCGUAACGAAAUUGUAUUAGCUCAGCAAAAUUUUUCAUGGGCAAUGAGUUUAAAUCCUCACGGACCUAACAACAUGAUAAAAGAGGCAAUGAAUCAACUGCAAAAUUAUUCUAGAGAAGAUAUUCUGACUAGCGCUGUUGUCGAUUCAAUGGAGGACGAUAACGGAAUGUCUGACAUUUCUAAUAGUAACUUAUAAGUGCAUAAGUAACGGCUAUUAUUUGUCAUGAGUUAGAUAGUUAAAAAAAAGACCUUGUCUCACCUUCUGGUGUGCGUUUCGUUUGCUAACGAUAUUUUUAAUUGCUGUGCAAACCUUAUUGCCAAAAUCUAGAGUUUUGCAUGAUGUUUCGCGUAUUUUCGAUGUGUGAGUUGUGAAUAGAUUUUAUGAAAUAAUAUUUUUUGUUGAACUGAACAUAGUUAGGCAAUUUUUAUAAUGAGGCAUUUUAUAGUAUUUUUGUUCAUAACUAUAGUGACGCCUGUUUUAAAAGAAGAAGUUAUAUUUCUUAUAUAAUAUUUUUAAAUUGAACAUAAUCAUGAA